AUGGCUGGUAAAGUACACGGCGGUAAAGGUAAGUCCGGUGCCAAAGAUGGUGGUCCAUUGACCAUAGGUGCUCAAUCGUCGUCUGCCAAAGCAGGGCUACAAUUCCCCGUGGGCCGUAUCAAAAGGUUUCUAAAGAAACAUGCCAGUGGUAAGACCCGUGUAGGGUCCAAAGCCGCUGUUUACUUGACAGCCGUAUUGGAAUAUUUGACCGCCGAAGUGUUAGAACUAGCGGGUAAUGCAGCCAAGGAUUUGAAAGUGAAAAGAGUCACACCACGUCAUUUACAAUUGGCUAUCAGAGGUGAUGAAGAAUUGGAUUCCCUAGUACGUGCCACAAUUGCUUCAGGGGGUGUUUUGCCCCAUAUCAACAAGGCUCUGCUGUUAAAGGUCGAAAAGAAACAACGCAAGGCUUAA